UCCCCUCAGGCCUCACCUCGUCACUCUCUCCCCUAACCUCGUCUCCCGUCCCUCACUUUUCUCUCUGUCUCGGACUCAUCUCAGACUGAAGCUCGUCGUCACGGUCUCGCACUCUGUCGCGCCUUCCCUGCGCUCGCUUCGUCAGCGGCAGAAGCAGACGGAACCAGCAUCUGGUCCCUCGGGCGGUGGUGGUGGUCGUCUUCUUGUUUCAGCCGUUAGUUCAGUUGGUCAACUUCCUCCACCGUCGGUCCCAGUGUGUGUGCAUCAUAGCUUAGUAUAUCUCAUUGCCUCUAGAGUUCGGAGAGAAGAGAUGGCUGGGCAAUCAGAUCCUGAGCUUUCACUGUUUUCAGCAGAGGAGCUUGAGUUCAUUGCUGAGGAUGAGAUUGUGGACAUUGUGCCCAAUCUCAAGAUGGGUCCUCUUAAUUUCAUCUCUGGAGAUUUUGGCCCGUUCAUCCCACAGAUUGUUGCCCAAGUACCGCUUUGGCUGGCUGUUGCAUUAAAAAAGAGGGGCAAGUGCUCCAUUUGCCCUCCUCAAUGGAUGUCUGUUGAGAAGUUGACUCAAGUUUUGGAAGCCGAGCGAAACUCGCAAGAGAUGUCAGAACAACUGCCAUUUCACUAUGUAGAAAUUUCUAGACUUCUGUUUGACCAUGCAAAUGAUGACAUUUCGGAUGCAUAUAUGGUGAGAUCUCUAAUUGAGGACAUCAGAGAUGUACGAUUUCAUAAGGUUGAAACUGACCUGGAGGCAUUCAAUGGUCGCACAAUUGCUGUUAAGAUAAAAAAUUUGUCUGCCAUGGAAGUGAAUAUCGUUAUCUCUGUACUUAGCAAUGUACAUUUUCAUUACAUCAUAAGUCCUAGGCAACUGCGAAGAUAA